AUGGCUGCAUCUACGCACAAGAAUGCUCGAAUAGCCUCCGUGGUUGCGGGCACUCUGGUUGCUCUGUCCUGCGGAACAAAUUACGCAUAUUCAGCAUGGGCACCACAGUUUGCUCAUCAUAUGAAACUCUCGUCAACCGAGAGCAAUUUGAUCGGCGUGGCAGGAAACCUGGGCAUGUAUGCCAUGGGUAUACCUAUGGGAUUAUUGACUGAUGCUCGAGGUCCACGAUUUAUGACAUUGGUUGGUUCAGCUCUACUGAUUCUCGGCUACUACCCAAUCUACCUAGCUUAUAAAUCCGGAGAGGGGUCAUUUCCAAUUGUACUUUUGUGCUUUUUCGCGUUCUUGACUGGUAUGGGUGGUUGUUCGGCCUUUGGAGCUGCCAUUAAGACAUCGGCUUGUAACUUCCCCGACCAUCGUGGAACUGCAACGGCAUUCCCUCUGGCUGCCUUCGGACUAAGUGCUUUGUUCUGGUCCAAUGUGUCGUCUCUCAUUUUCAAAGAUGAUACUAGUCGCUUCCUUCUACUUCUCGCCCUUGGCACCUCGAUUCUGUCCCUGGUGUCAACUCCUUUCCUUAAAAUCUUCCAAAAUGAGCCGUACGCACCACUUCCCCACCGUGAUACCACAGAACCCUCCGAGUCUCAAUCUCAAUUGCGUCGCGCCAGUGCUGUGGAAGAGUCCAACGACGACAUCCACAAUUCAACCGCUUUCGACCAAAAUAACGAGGUGCACGCUCGUGGGCAGUCAGUCUCUUCAGCUCACUUGCAUCACAGAACUGACGAGAGUUCGUCGUUGGUCGCUCAAGGCGAUGGCCGACCAUCAUUCGACACACUUGACGAUGAUUACUUGAAAUUCGUCGAUCAGGAGUCGCACCACCGAGACAUCCGCGGUCUGGCCAUGCUUCGUGAAGUUGAUUUCUGGCAGCUCUUUCUGAUCAUGGCCCUUCUGUCUGGUAUUGGGCUGAUGACCAUCAACAACAUUGGCAACAGCGCAAAGGCCCUGUGGCUCUACUACGACGAUAGUGCCACAGGUAAAUUCAUCCAUGAACGCCAGGUCAUGCACGUUUCAAUCCUAUCGCUAGGAAACUUCCUCGGACGCCUUUCUAGUGGAAUUGGCUCGGACAUUCUAGUCAAAAAGCUCAACAUGUCUCGUUUCUGGUGUCUAUUUAUCUCUGCCGUAGUUUUCACCGGCACCCAGCUAGCCGGUUUCACGAUCUCAAACCCAAACACCCUCGUCGUUGUCACUGCUUUCACAGGCGUUGCAUACGGCUUCUUGUUUGGUAACUGGGGUGUCAUGACCCUGGCCCCGAUCUUCAGCGGCAACGCAUUCAACCUUAUAUAUGGAACUGUUUACGACCGCCACUCCGUCGUAGGUCCUGAUGGCGACAACCAGUGCCCAGAUGGACUAACCUGUUACCGCACCGCGUACUACGUCACUUUAAUCUCUGGACUCGCAGGCAUCGUUGUCUGCCUGUGGAGUAUCUUUCGUGAAAGACGUAUUCAUAAUGCCAUGCGACAAAAGACUGGCCACCGACUUGCGUAA